AUGGAGGGCAUACAAGAUGACUUCAAGGGUGCUCAUACCUGGCUGCCACGAUUCCUGAAACCCAACAGAGCCAAACGUGCUUCGACCUCGAAACCGGCAGAUGAGACCACAUCUUUGCUUCCUGAACCAGAAGACGAGGAACCAUUCGAGAGCGACAUAUCAGAGAUUGAAGAUGCUCCAUGGCACAAGAGGAUCUUACCAGAGUUUUGGAUACUUUUCAAAGGCUCUAUCCCGGUCAUUCUUGCCUACACUUUGCAAAACUCAUUGCAGACCAUCUCAGUACUGAUCGUUGGGCGAGUCAGCCCUGAAGCAUUGGCUGUAGCUGCUUUCAGCUACAUGUUCGCCAUGGCCACUGCAUGGCUUAUUGGCAUGGGAGGGACGACAGCUAUUGACACACUGGCAUCGGCAUCUUUCACGGGUAGCAAGAACAAGCACGAUCUUGGCAUUAUCCUGCAACGAGCCUUCGUGGUCUUAACCGUAUUCUACAUCCCCGUCGCUGUCCUCUGGCUUUGCUCCGAACCAGUCUUCAAAUCGCUCGGGCAAGAGGACUACAUUGCUCGAGACUCAGCCCAAUUCCUCAGUAUGUUGAUACCAGGCGGCUUCGGCUAUAUCUACUUCGAGUGCAUGAAGAAAUAUCUACAAGCGCAACAAAUUAUGCGCCCUGGAACCUACGUGCUUCUGAUCACGUCUCCUUUCAAUGCUGGACUCAACUAUCUCUUCAUAUACACCUUCAAGCUCGGCCUCAUGGGUGCGCCACUUGCAACAGGAAUCAGCUACUGGCUGUCUUUCUUGCUCUUGCUGGCCUACUGCAGAUUCGUUGCUGGCUAUGAAUGUUGGGGCGGCUUGGAUCGCCGCUGCUUUAAUAACAUUCUGAGCUUCGCGCGCAUCGCAAUACUUGGUGUCGUUCAUGUCGGCACCGAGUGGUGGGCCUUCGAGAUCGUUGCUAUUGUGGCUGGACAAUUGGGCACGAUCCCCCUUGCUGCGCAGUCCGUGAUCAUGACCGCUGAUCAAGUUUUGAACACAAUUCCAUUCGGCGUUGGAGUUGCAACAUCGUCAAGAAUCGGAAAUCUACUCGGAUCAAAGAGCGCCAAAGGCGCUGCCUUAUCAGCCAAUACUGCUGCCGUGCUCUCGAUGGUUCUGGGCGCCAUCGUGCUAGCAAUUUUGAUGGCUACCAAGAACAACUUCGCGAGACUCUUCAACGACGACGACCAAGUAGUCAGACUCACUGCCGAAGUGCUUCCGUACGUGGCACUCUUCCAGAUCGCGGACGGUCUCAACGGAUCAUGCGGUGGCGCUUUGCGUGGCAUGGGUAGGCAGCAUGUUGGUGCCAUUGUCAACGUUGUCAGCUACUACUGUGGUGCUUUACCACCCGGCAUCUACCUCGCGAAGCAAGGCGGCUGGGGCCUCGCCGGUCUUUGGGUGGGACAGUGCAUCGCGCUCUAUCUCGUUGGCAUCAUCGAAUGGGCAGUCGUGGCAUUCAGUAACUGGGAAAAGCAGGUUGAGAACGCCUUCCGCCGAAUGGACCAUGACGAUGUGACCGAACAGGGCGAUGGAGAUAGGCUGUGA